GCGCGCCGGGAGCCGGAGGCGGAGCGGCUGCCCCGCGGGCGGGCCCGGGCCGGGUUUGGCGGCGCAGGCCGAGGCCGGAAGCGGCGGGGCGUGGCUGGCUCCGUGCCGGGAGCCGGGGAGCGCGGGCUUUCUAAGACAUUAACAAGGACAUCAUCUGGAGACCAGAGAAACUUACGUUGCAAGUAGUAAUGCUGCCACUAUGGGAAAUGUUUCUUUACCUGCUUUUUUCAUUGGGCUUCCACUUUUAUUCCUUCUAUGAGGUACACAAAGUCUCCAGAGAAUAUGAAGAGGAGCUUGAAAGAGAAUUUGAAUUGGAAAAAGAUACUCUGUUUUGGGGACUUAAAAAGGAUCCCACAGACUUUGAGUGGAGCUUCUGGAUGGAAUGGGGAAAGGAACGUAUAAUAUGGCUUCUGCUUGGCCAUCUAAUGGUAUCUCAGAUGUCAAGGUUCUUUAUGGAAAAGUACAAACCCUGGUGUCUAAUGGCAUACGGGAUGGUGGCCUGCUGGUUUCUAUUAGGAAUCAAUGGCUUGGCAGUGAUUUUGCUACAUAUAGCCAUUUCAUUUUCCGUGGCUCAGUUUCAGACAGCCGUCCUGACAUGGCUGUGCUCACUACUUUUGUUAUCAACUUUGCGCGUACCAGCUGUGGAAGAAGCAAAGAGAGGGUGGUACGACACUGAAAAUGAGUACUACUUGCUGCUCUUCACCCUGACUGUUCACUGCCUCUACUAUACUAGUUUCAGCCUUGAAUACUGCUGGCAUGGCUCUGCCCAGAAGAGGUACUACUCAUUUUUUUGGAUGCUGGCCUACAUGUUCUACUAUCCUGUGUUCCACAAUGGACCCAUUAUGACCUUCAAUGAAUUUACUAAGCAGAUGAAGAGACCAGAAGCCUGCAAUUUGAAGAGUAACCUUUGCAUUUUACUGCUGGGCAUAGUUCGCAUUUUCUUUUGGUGGUGGUUGGCAGAGCUGAUGAUUCAUCUCAUGUAUAUACAUGCCAUAUACAGUAGUUCUUCACAUCUGGAAGCAGUGUCCUACUGGACUUUAGGUGGUCUGGCAUUAGCUCAAGUACUAUUUUUUUAUGUGAAAUACCUGGUUCUCUUUGGUAUUCCUGCUCUUAUUAUUCGAAUGGAUGGACUCAAACCUCCAGCUUUACCUCGUUGUGUGAGCACAAUGCACAGUUUCACUGGAAUGUGGAGAAAUUUUGAUGUUGGACUUCAUCAUUUUCUUAUCAGGUACAUCUACAUCCCAAUGGGAGGAUCCCAUGGCAGUGUGUUUGGGAUGUUGUUUUCCACAGCAAUCACGUUUUCAUUUGUAAGCUAUUGGCAUGGGGGCCAUAACUAUCUUUGGUUCUGGGCAGCACUUAACUGGCUUGGAGUAAUUGCAGAAAAUGGAGUCAAGAGACUACUUUCUGUUUCACUUGUUCGAGACUUAAUUGAUCGUUUUUUCUCACCGAGAAUUUGUCGUCGACUUCACGCUGCCCUGGCAGCUGUUUCCACUUCAAUGUUGAUUUUAUCUAAUCUAGUGUUUCUCGGAGGAAAUCAAGUUGGGAAAAUCUACUGGAACAGGAUCUUUGUGGAAGGCUGGCCCUGGGCAACUCUGUCUGUUCUUGGAUUCCUGUACUGCUACUCUCAUGUUGGAAUUGAAUGGGAUCGCACACACCAUGUAGAUUAGCACAGAGUUGUACAAAGGUAUGCCAUAAUGAGCUGUGCGUUAACAAAGGAGUGGGAAAGGUUUUUGUAAAACCUUUCAUACAGUGAAUACACACAUUCAGAUUUCUCUGCCGUGGCUGUACAUGCCAUUCUCUCUGCAGGAAAAUAUGCCAUAGCAAAUAUACUUUGCCAAACUAUUUAAAAAACUGGAAGCCAGUUUAAUUUAUAAUUGUUUAUGGACAAAUCACUUGAACUGUAAACACUGAUUUCUUAAAGUAUUUUUGUCUUCUUAGACACUAUUUUUAUAUCAGAAAAAUUUGAAAUUGUAUGUACAUGAGUAUCUUAGUAUAUGUACUUCACAUUCUUGAACCCAUAUCUAUCAGGAAGAGAGAAUUUUUUGUCUUUUUUGUAUUUUUUUUUUAGGUCUGGAUUAAAUUUAAAUACAUUGCAAACAAAAGAGGGCAUCCUGUUCUUCCAUUGCACAAUUCAGAAAACCAGAAUUCUACCCAAAUUUUCCUCCAUACAUUAUAUCUAAGACUAAUACCCAGUUAUUGAAAGUGCAGCCUGAAAAUAUGUACAAAGGAAUAAAAGAUUUUGCUUUUUUAGCCAUUUCUCUAUCUCAGUGGUCCCCAAGCUGUGUGGCACACCUGCAUACGGGGGCGCACAGGAACAUUCAGGAGAGUGAGCUGCAGAGCCCAUGCCAGCCCCCAUGGAGGACGGGGAGGGAAUGCCACUGAGCCCCGCUCUGCCCCCAGCCCAACUCUGGCCCCAACCACAGCUCUACUCCACCCCCAGCCCAGUUCCGGCCCCAGCCACAGUUCCACACCAGCGCAAGCCUCCGCUCCGCUCUACCCUUAGACCAACUCAGCCUCUAGCCCCAGCCCCGACUUCAGCCCAAGCUCCUCUGCUGAGGAAGUCUUGGCUGUGCAAUAAGGGGUGAGGCAUGGACAAAUUCCAUUACUGGUAAGGGGGGGGAACAAGUCAGGAGAGAGGGAUUUGUGUGUAUCCGUAGCGGGCACCAGAUGAUAAUAUUCAUGAUGAAUUUAAAAAAAAUAAUCACAAUUAAUUGUACUGUUAAACAAUAAUACAAUACCAUUUAUUUAAAUAUUUUUGGAUGUUUUCUAUAUUUUCAAAUAUAUUGAUUUCAAUUACAACACAGAAUACAAAGUGUACAGUGCUCACUUUAUAUUUAUUUUUAUUACAAGCAUUUGCACUGUAAAAAAGCAAAAGAAAUAGUAUUUUUCAGUUCACCUUAUACAAGUACUAUAGUGCAAUCUAUUUAUCAUGAAAGUUGAACUUACAAAUGUAGAAUUAUGUACAAAAAAACCUGCAUUCAAAAAUAAAACAAUAUAAAAUUUUAGAGUCUGUUAGUCCACUCAGUCCUACUUCAGCCAAUCAAUCAGACAAAAGUUUGUUUACAUUUGCAGGAGAUAAUGCGGCCUGCUUCUUGUUUACAAUGUCCCCUGAAAGUGAGAACAGGCAUUCUCAUGGCACUGUUGAAGCUGGUUAUGCAAGAUAUUUAUGUGCCAGAUGCGCAAAAGAUUCAUAUGUCUCUUCAUGCUUCAGCUACCAUUCUAGGAGACGUGUCCAUGCUAAUAACGGGUUCUGCUCAAUAACAAUCCAAAGCAGUUCAUUUCCAUUAUCUGAAUCAGAUGUCACCAGCAGAAGGUUGAUGUUCUUUUUUGGUCAGAAUGUUCCUCUUUUAAGACUUCUGAAAGCAUGCUCCACACCUCAUCCCUCUCAGAUUUUGGAAGGCACUUUAGAUUCUUAUACCUUGGGCUGAGUACUGUAGCUAUCUUUAGAAAUCUCACAUUUGUACCUUCUUUGCAUUUUGUUAAAUCUGCAGUGAAAGUGUUCUUAAAACGAACAGAAUGUGCUGGGUCAUCAUUCGAGACUGCUAUAACAUGAAAUAUAUGGCAGAAUGCAGAUAAAACAGAGCAGGGGACAUAGCAAUUCUCUACCAAGGCACAAAUUUAAUUAACACAUUAUUUUUUUAACGAGCGUCAUCAGCAUGGAAGCAUGUCCUCUGGAAUGGUGGCUGAAGCAUGAAGGGGCCUACAAAUGUUUUGCGUAUCUGGCACAAAAAUACCUUGCAAUGCUGGCUACAAAAAUGAUAUGCAAAUGCCUGUUCUCACUUUCUGGUGACAUUGUAAAUAAAAAGAGGGCAAUAUUAUCUCCUGUAAAGUAAACAAACUUAUUUCUCUUAGCGAUUGGCUGAACAGGAAGUGGGACUGAGUGCACUUGUAGGCUCUGAAGUUUUUCAUUGCUUUGUUUUUGAGUGCAGUUAUGUAACAAAAGAAAUCUACAUUUGUAAGUUGCACUUUCAUAACAGAGAUUGCACUACAGUUCUUGUCUGAGGUGAAUUGAAAAAUACUAUUUCUUUUAUUUAACAUUUUUACAGUACAAAUAUUUGGAAUCAAAAAUAAUAUACACUUUGAUUUCAGUUAUAACACAGAAUACAAUAUAUAUGAAAAUGUACAAAAACAUCCAAAAUAUUUAAUACAUUUCAAUUGGUAUUCUAUUUUUUAACAGUGUGAUUAAAACUGUGAUUAAUCUCAAUUAAUUUUUUUUAAUAACGAUUAAUUUUUUUUAGUUAAGUGCAUGAAUCGACAGCCCUACUUAGAACUAAAAGGUUUGCACAGAAGCCUGCAUCUGCCUGAGACCAAGAUGGGUUUGAAGUGAUAGCACAACCUCAGUCAGCAACACAGGCUGGUGAAUGUUGGUCAUAGCAGGGCAGAUGUAGUUCCCACAGCCAAUUUCUGAAGCCAUGCACCAGCCUUUUGUUAGCUUCUCCAAAUCUCACCUGGUUAUUGGCGUGAGGGAUGCAGAACUGGCCUGACCCCUGAACCAGUCUUCAUGGAUCGCCUGACACCUGCUCCCUUAUCUGGCAGGUUGGCAUUGGGAGAACGCUAAGUGAAGGCCACUGCUACCUCUAAACCAAAGGCUAGUGAAAAGCAUCUGCCACGUUGCCUCAGUAGGGCACUGAGUGAGGAGAAACACUGUCCUGCUGCAGUCGCCUCGCUUUACUGAAUCAGUGGCAGGUAGCAACCCAUAUUCCUACUGUGGCAGCUAUUGAGUGUCAGUGCCCAAUGCAUUGUGGGAUGCCCUCUGUUUCUGGAUCGUGGGGGGAGGGGCUCUGUGGAACUUGAACCUACAAGAUAACUUGCACCAGAGCCAAUCACCAUGAAUGAUCCAGAAUCCAGUUUGUGUAGUCUGCCUGAACUGAACCCUGUAAAGCUCACUCAAUCCCUAUUUAGAAGCAAAUUAACAUUGAUGGCUGGGUCUUAUGGUUAAAGCGGUGGCCUGGGCCCUGGGUUCCACCACAGACUUCCUAUGUGACCCAUAGUGAGUCACUUAAUAUCUUUGUACUCCAUUCCCCAUUGGUUAAAAAAGGGGUGUUCAACUUCUCACAGGGUGUUGUGAGGAUACAUGCAUUCAUGUUUGUGAUGGUGCUUGUAAAUAUCUAGCUAGGGUAAAUUAUUUCCCUUUGCAAUCAGUUUUAGCUUGAAGUACAAACUGUCCCAAACGCCAUUCGGCCAAAUAAGACACAGUUUGUCUGUUUAAUACAUUUGGUAAUUGAGAGGAUUACUGCCACCACUACCAAAAAAGGAAUGCCCUGAACAUGGGAUUUUUCAGAAGCACCUACCAUUGACCUAACUAUUGGAGCAGAGUUAAGCCAUUGCUGAGAGCUUUUGAAAAAGCCCAUGCUUAACCCUUUGUAGUUAAUACUAGGGUGAAAAACCAUGGUGUCUGUUCUCCAGGCACGUAGAUUGGGAAUCCAUUGAUCUAAUGUAGGAUGUUUAGUAACUUGUCUGCAUAAAUAACAUAUCUUACACUCAGAGACAGAAAUGACCUCAUAGGUCAUCUAGACCAUGCCUCAUUCCAGAGCAGUAUCUAUCUGUGUGUGGUGUAUGUUCUAGUGCUUUGUACUGACUAGUGUUGCUAUGUCCUUUUCUGUUUUAAUAAUAAAGCUCAGUCUUUAAGGAAGGUUGGUGAACAGAUGUGACUUGCAGAAUUAUUUUUUCCUAUAUAAAAGGAAAAAAAAUGUUUUUGUUUAUGUUGCAUCAGAGGCCAUGGUGAAACACCAAUUUUAUAAAAACUUUUU